AUGACCUUUCGUGAAGGUGUCCCUGCCAUCCUGGUGGUUCUUUUCUUCAGCCUCCUCUUGGGAGUUCAUUUCGGUAUGGGAUCUCGCUCUUUCUUCAACGAUUUGGGCAAUAUUGAAAAUCCUGAUGCCACUCGGGACUCUGCUUACGGCGACUUUGGCAUCGUACCAACCCUCGUCGCGGCGACAGAUCGCUACUCUAUCAUUGGAACCGAUGGAAGCGGCAUGACCCGCUAUGGCUACGAGCGUGUCGAGAGUCGCCUUAUAGACCCGAUUGGAGUCCCAUUGACUCAGAGUGACCUAGUCACCGCGCCGGUGACGCUUACUGGCCACACUGUGGGCACGGUCUUAUAA